AUGGCCGGAUUAGCAGAGAUCAGGAAAAAGUUGGUGAUUGUCGGUGACGGUGCCUGCGGUAAAACAUGUUUGUUGAUUGUUUUUUCUAAAGGUGCUUUCCCAGAAGUUUACGUCCCAACAGUGUUUGAAAACUACGUUGCGGAUGUCGAGGUUGACGGCAGAAGAGUUGAGCUAGCUCUUUGGGAUACCGCCGGUCAAGAAGACUACGAUCGUCUCAGACCACUUUCCUACCCAGAUUCGAACGUCAUUCUGAUAUGUUUCUCAGUGGAUUCUCCAGACACUUUGGACAACGUCCAGGAGAAGUGGAUUAGUGAGGUCCUGCAUUUCUGCCAAGAUGUUCCAAUGAUUCUUGUCGGAUGCAAAAUCGAUUUGAGAAAUGAUCCAAGAACGAUCGAGAGAUUGGCACAGCUGAACCAGGCGCCUGUGUCUACAAGUGAGGGACAAGCCGUUGCUGAGAAGAUCAAGGCCUUGACAUACCUUGAGUGCUCCGCCAAGCUGAACCAAGGAGUGAGAGAAGUUUUCGAAACCGCCACCAGAGCCGCUCUGGAGACUAAGGAGAAGAGAGAAAGAAAGAAGAAGUGCGUCAUUUUGUGA